AUGAUCCAGUUCAUCCUCCUCAUCAGUCGACAAGGGAAGACACGGCUCAAGAAAUGGUUUGUGCCCUGCGCAGAGCGCGAUCAGUUUAGGACCAUCAAGGAGGUGAGCAGUCUAAUUCUGAACAGAUCUCCAAAGGUCUGCAACUUCUUGGAGUGGCGGGACUACAAGCUAUGCUACAAGCGCUACGCCAGCCUCUUCUUCAUUGCGUGUGUGGAGAACACAGACAACGAGCUCCUUGCUCUUGAAACCGUCCAUCAUUUCGUAGAGUGCCUCGACCGGUACUUCGGCAAUGUCUGUGAGCUGGACCUCAUCUUCAACUUUCACAAGGCGUACUAUAUUCUGGACGAGAUCCUGAUCAGCGGAGAGCUUCAGGAGUCGAGCAAGAGGGCAGUGCUCCACCACAUCUCCGAGCAGGACGCCAUGAUGCAAGAGAACGAGCAGGCCAAGCGAAAAGGCUGA